UCGUCUCUCUAAAUAACGUUUACCGACCUUCUCUUGUGGACGGCAAUAAUCGCCGACGUUCCCUAAUUUAUCGGAUUUCAAUCCAACAACACACUCUCUCAAACAAAAAAAAACGUUUCUUUUUUCUUCGAUUCGCGAUUACGGCUUUUGAUUUUGUGGGACUCAUCUCGGUUUUUCUGGGAUUUUCAUUUUGGAUUCUAUUUCAUUUUUCAGAUUUUUUUUUUAUCUCCCGGUUGUUUUUUGUAUUUCUAUAUUGGGGAAACAAAAUCAUGCAGAGGAUCGUCGAUGAUGCUCUUGCUGUCACAAAAGAGUCAGUGAAAACUUUGACUUAUGAGUCUUUGAACAACAUUGCAAGAUGCAUUAAUGGAUUUUCUGCACUUCUCUUGACACUUUUGCCCGGAAAGUCCAAUGUUCUUGAAGGUCUUCAUGGAUGGGAGCUAAGGCCUACUUUACGUGGUCCUCGUUUACCACGUUGGAUGCAUAAUGGAGUCUCUUCUUUCAACCACUUCAUUCACGAGCUCUCUGUGGAUUCUGAUACUUCAAGCUUGGACUAUUCCUCUGGAGAAGAUGAUAGUGAUGGCAUGUCCACGCCUCCAUCACCCUUGUCUCAAACCUCACUCCGCUCUUGGGCUAGUCUUCCUACAAAUUACGAAAGCCAUUGGACAGAGUGGAUAACCUUCAUUGUCUGGUGGGUUUUACUACCUGCCCGGAUCCUUCUUUGGUUACCAUUAUAUCUUUUACGUCUUUUAGGUAGACGAAAUUCAAGAAUGUCACCUAUGAGCCCAGGAAGGUACCAACAUUCGUCUAGACCUUAUUUUAGCAAAGCUAUCCCAGGGAAAGAGCAUGACGUCCCUAACCGAACUACUGAUAAAAGACGUGGAGUCAUUGAGGAUCUUCAGCUUGGCAUCGAGAUCUUUAUCGAAACAAUAUUUGAUUUUUUUCACAAGGCGGCACAUCUUCUUCUUUCUCCAUCAGAAACUUUUGGAAUAGUUCUAUCAUGGUUCUCUUCCUCCAGUCACAGUUCUAAAGGAACCUAUGGUGACGUUUCGGAUGAUGAGAUCGUGCAGACUGCCAUUCUAGGAGAUAAUGAUUCAUCUCCUACAGAAAGAAGAACCACAACGAGCUUAUACAAUACAGAUACUCGGACUUGUCAAGAUGUUAUAACAGAGCUUGGGUAUCCGUAUGAAGCUAUUCGUGUUGUUACAUCUGAUGGAUAUGGUCUUCUCUUGGAAAGGAUACCAAGACGAGAUGCAAGGAAAGCUGUUUAUUUGCAGCAUGGUGUAAUGGAUUCUUCAAUGGGAUGGGUAUCAAAUGGUGUUGUUGGAUCUCCGGCUUUUGCUGCUUAUGAUCAAGGGUACGAUGUUUUCCUAGGGAACUUUCGCGGUUUAGUUUCAAGAGAUCAUGUGAACAAAAACAUAUCCUCAAAAGAUUUCUGGCGUUACUCCAUCAAUGAGCAUGCAACGGAAGAUAUCCCAGCAAUGAUAGAGAAGAUUCACGAAGUCAAAACUUCAGAACUGAAACUUUAUCAGCCUACUAUGGAAGAGGUAGUAAACGAGGAGCAACCGUAUAAGCUCUGUGUUGUAUCUCACAGUUUAGGCGGCGCCGCGGUUCUGAUGUAUAUAAUCACCCGUAAAAUCGAAGAGAAACCGCACAGACUCUCGAGACUGAUCCUGCUUUCGCCUGCUGGGUUUCACGAUGACUCCAACAUGUGUUUCACAUUGAUGGAGUACACAUUCCUUCUCUUGGGUCCUGUACUAUCUCGGAUUGUUCCUGCUUUCUACAUACCCACUAAAUUCUUCCGGAUGCUUCUCAACAAGUUAGCUCGAGAUUUCCAUAACUAUCCUGCUGUUGGUGGAUUAGUCCAGACAUUGAUGAGUUAUGUAGUUGGCGGAGAUAGCUCAAACUGGGUUGGAGUCAUGGGAUUGCCUCACUAUAACAUGAAUGAUAUGCCAGGUAUAUCCUUCCGUGUGGCUCAGCAUCUUGCGCAGAUUAAACAUAGCGGUAAGUUCAAGAUGUUUGAUUACGGUAGCAGUUCAGCUAAUAUGGAGGUUUACGGGUCCCCUGAGCCGCUCGAUCUUGGGGAGUUUUACGGGUUGAUCGAUGUGCCUGUGGAUUUAGUAGCCGGAAAGAAAGAUAAAGUGAUCAGACCUUCAAUGGUUAGGAAACAUUACAGGGUGAUGAGAGAUUCAGGAGUUGAUGUUUCUUACAAUGAGUUUGAGUAUGCUCAUUUGGAUUUUACCUUUUCUCACCGUGAAGAGCUUUUGGCGUAUGUGAUGUCGCGGUUACUGCUCGUUGAGCCAACGCCCACUCAGACGAAUCAUAAGAAGGGGAUGAAAUUGAAGAAGAAAACGGAAGCACGCAAACCACAUCUGUGAAUUACAUAAAUAGGCUUUUACAGAGUUUAUGUUUGUCUUAUUUGUGAUGUUUUUUGUUCACGAAAGAUCGGCUUUGAACAGUGUAUAUGCAUAUGGCUUUUUGCAUCUCUAUUUAUGUCAGUGUCACUUUCCAU